AUGCCCUACGACCUCCGCCCCCGAUCCCUACAAUGGGAUGAAGUCAUGGACAACGACUCCAACUGUGCCCUGUCGCCAACUAUAAGCAGCGAUCUGCGGUUUCCAGGAGUACAUAUGUCCGCGCAGCAAGAGAUGUUUCUGCUCUCGCCGCAGGCAACGGCCUACCUCGGCUCGAACCAGGAUUCGCCCGGCGAGCUCGGUUGUCCUGACGUCAAUGCUCCCUCUAAUCCCAACCGCCGACAAUCACAAAACCGCGAAGCGCAGCGCCGAUUCCGCGAGCGGCGGGAACAGGAGCGCAUCCAACUACGGAAGAAGAUGGAGGAGAUGCGGGCGGAAAACGACGCUCUGAGUCGGCAGCUGGCUGAGGCGAAGAGUGCGAAUCUCAAGCUCGAGGUGGACAAUGAGCGGUUAACAAAAGAGCUGGAGACGUUGCGGCGGCGGUGGCAGGAUGUGCUGCGGUUGAUGGCGGAUAUGGUGCAGCAGGAGGAGGUGGGGGAGGGGGGUUCACCAGCUAGUAUUUCCAGUGGCUCCUCGUCCUCAUCGCGGAAGGAAGUGCAUGGUCUGAGGAGUUCAAUCAUGAUGCAGAUGCUGGUGCUGUUGUUUGAUGAAAAGGGCGAAGAGGGGCCUCAUCGGACGAUGAUGGCGAGAUUGGGGGCUUUGUCUGGGGAUCCGUGA